AAUGAAUGUGCAGUUAGAGCGCCAUGUUGAACGGUGUGGGUGUCACACACAAGCCCAGCAAACUAACACUAACACACACACCAACAUACCAUCAAUCCAGGCUGUUUCCUAGAAAAUAAAGUUUCUAGCCCUUACAGACGUAUAUUUGGUACUUAUGCCGGGCGUUACUCCCGGUCAUCAUCAGCACUGGAGGUUUGGUAAUGGAGGAAUUCAUCGAGCUGGCUCUCUUCACUGUGUGGAAAUGGUUUUAGCAGGUGCAGAGUAACACAGAGAAACUGUUUAAACGGACUUUCAAACUGCUGCACCACAGACUUUUUAAGAAAGAAAACUAAUUUGUAAUCUCAAGGAUUUAAACACUACACACCACCAUGCCGAGCUCUACGAUUCGGAGACAAAUGAAAAAUGUGGUCAAUAACUACUCCGAGCCAGAGAAGAAGGUCAGAGAAGCGACUUCCAAUGACCCGUGGGGCCCCUCCAGUUCUCUGAUGUCAGAGAUUGCCGACCUCACUUACAAUGUGGUUGCUUUUUCAGAGAUCAUGAGCAUGAUUUGGAGGAGGCUGAAUGACCACGGCAAGAACUGGCGACACGUGUACAAGGCCCUGACGCUUCUGGACUACCUUAUUAAAACGGGCUCCGAGCGAGUGGCCCUGCAGUGUAAAGAGAACAUCUUUGCUAUUCAGACACUGAAAGAUUUCCAGUAUAUUGAUCGGGACGGCAAAGACCAGGGCAUCAACGUGAGAGAGAAGUCCAAGCAGCUGGUGGUGCUGCUCAAGGAUGAAGAUCGCCUGAAGGGUGAACGCUCUCAGGCCCUGAAGACUAAAGAGCGUAUGGCACAGGUCCCCACCAGUGUGGGUAGCACCGUGCCCAGCAACAAUCAGAUCAGCUUUGGGCGCGGCUCCAGCCAGCCCAACCUGUCCACUAGCUACUCGGAGGAGUAUGGAAAGUCGGAGGGGUCACCUGCAUCAUAUCAUGGAUCCACAUCACCCAACUCGUCUUCAGAAUUGGAGCAAGCCAGGCCUCAGACCAGCGGUGAGGAAGAGCUUCAGUUGCAGCUGGCUCUUGCCAUGAGUCGAGAAGCUGCCGAGCAGGAGGAAAGGAUGCGCCGUGGAGAUGACCUACGGCUCCAGAUGGCUCUGGAAGAAAGCCGUAAAGACAACAUGGGGAAAGCGACCAAGAAGAAGAAAGAGCCUCAGUCUUCUCUGAUGGAUCUGAUAGACACGGUUCUCGAGAGCCCUGCCAAUCCAGCGGCAGACCCCUGGGGAGCGGGAGCGGGAGCGGAGCGGGAGCAGGCUGCAGCGGCUGUAGCAGGCCCCGUCUCUGACCCCUGGCAGUCAUACGGUGGUGGCUCUAAACCAGCUGCCCCUGUGGAUCCCUGGGGUCUUCCAAGUGGCUCUUCCUCAGUCACCCCUGUGAAGAGCAGUGACCCCUGGGGGUCGACCCCGGCUCCUGCAACUGCUGAUCCCUGGGGUCCAAUGCCUGCCACCCGCCCCAAAGCCCCAAUCACAGGCAGUUUUGAUCUUUUCUCCACACCAAACGGUACUUCCAGGGAGGACCUCUCUGAUUUUGACAGCCUUCGCUCCUCAGCAAUGACUGGAGAUGGUAGAGGAAACUUUGGCCUGCCAUCACAGACCAGCUUGUCUGUGGGUUCAGACCUGUUUGACGUACCCAGUGGGCCAACCAGAAAAACUCCAGAGUCUUUCCUCGGUCCCAACGCUGCUCUCGUCAACCUGGACUCUCUGGUCACCAAACCUCCACAGCCGGCGCCAGUCUCCAACCCCUUCCUCGCUGGAGGAGUAGCUGCUGUGCCUGUGCCUGUACCUGCACCUGCAGCUCAGGUCAACCCCUUCCAGGUGAACCAGCCGCAGCCACCAACCCUCAACCAGAUGAGAGUCAGUCCCAUGAUGAGCAGUCAGAGCUUCAUGCCACUCAACGAUCCCAUGCCACUCUCCUCUUUGCCCCCAGCUGGCCCUGUCUCCAUGGUACCCAUGACCGGGAUGGCGCCACUUGCACCCAUGGGUCAGAUUAUGCCAGGCAUAGGUAUUCCUGCCUCAAUGUCCAUGCCUCAGCCGCUCAUGAGCGUAGGGUUGGAGCCCACAGGCGCAGCGAUGCAAGCCGGCAGCACAACUAACCCCUUCUUAUUGUGAGGAACAAUAUAGGCCCCCCCUCAAACUCACACAGAUCUUUCUCUCAUCCCUCUUCCUAUGGUAUAGACAAGAUUUUAAUGUCUUUCCCAGACUAGUGUGCUGUUUCCAGACUUUGCAGUAGCAGUGGAGUUUACAGUUUAUACAUUGGCAGGCGACUCCCUUUCUCUCCUGUCUGAGAUAGGUACCAUACAGUGAUUUGGUAUUCUUUUCUAAAUUCCCUCAAACGUCAGUGAUACUGUGUACAGGUGAGAUAUUUUCUUCCCACCAAGCUUGUGUGGGUUGAAAGGGGUCUGAAUUUUUAACUUCUUUUUGAUUGCUUACGUUUCUUAUCAAAGGCUUGAAUCUAGGAGUACUGGUGUCUUAAUUUUUCUAAUUUCUAGUCUUUUCAAGCAGUGUGAUAAAGCUAACACUUUUAAUCAGCACAGCCUGUAUGUUCUACGCAGCGCAUAUACACUAUGUGUAUUUACAGUAUGCUUAAGUAGACACAGUUUAGAGACUCUAUCCGUUUAUACAAAUGAUUUUGAUGUUCUAAGCAGGGAUUUUGCACAUGCUCCGAUUUACUUUUUGACUGUUGGUAGUCCUUAGCACGAGACACAUUUCUGUAUUAAGCGUAGGACAAAAUCUCACAGUGCUGUGAAUGCUAAGGACUAAGAGGGAAUAAAUCCGAACGGCGCGUGCAAAUGAUUCCGAACCCAACGCAUUGAAAGAUGAACUUCAUAACGAAUUGGAGAGUCAACCUUUUCUCCUUUCUCUUUUUUAAAGCAUGAUGGGAUGUUGGUUUGCAUAUCAUAUGGCUCUACUUUUAUACCGAAGCCUGUUUUUUACUGCUUUACAAUCCCGAGACGUUGUUUGUUGGGUGAAUGGGUUCUUUUGAUUCAGUACCGCUCACUAUUUGCACACCACCUCCAUAUCUGACAGCUAAUCGAUAUAAAUGAUUGAAAUUCAUCUGCUUUGAUGCUUGGUCACAGGAAGUAUCAAAUAAUUUGAAAUGUGAUGAUUUCAGUAUCUUUUUAUUUAUGUGUGUUUGGAACAUAGAAGGAGCAAAGGGAAACGGGAGGAUUCGAUUUGUUUAUUAUGUAUCUUCAGGUCCUAAUGCAUCUUACUGUUAUAAUCGGCAAAUAUAUCAUUAAUCACUGCUUUUGAUGCUAUGUACCUUAGAAACAAAACCCAAGCAUAUAUCACAAAGUCCUCAUUUAUGACAAAGCUAACUUGCUUUUAGUGUUAAAGGUUAAGAGGGGUUGUUGGUAUUAAAAACGGUAGGUAUGGAUGGUUCCAUUAACAUUGCGUGAUUGGUUAUGUGUAGAUAUGUGUUGUUUUAAGGAUGUGUUUGGGUUUCAUAAAUGAGUUUUGCUGUCUUUGCAGCUUGAAACGUUUCAUUAUCCUUUAUUCAAAUGAGUUGAUGUUGGAUUUUUUUUGCAUUGAAUGGGGCGUACACCACAGUUCUUUAUAUGAAUGACUUGGUUCAGUUGUGUGAAUUGUCACAUUUGGCAUCAAUAUUGAGAGAAAACUCUUUGGUGUCAUGUGGACUUUGUGGAUCGAUUUUAUUCCAGUUAGUUAAGCACAAGAUGCCGACAUCAAACCAUAGUUACCAAAGUGACGUUGCAGAACUGUGGCUGUUUCAACUCCGACUACAUCUUUAUCUCUCCAUUUGUUUCCCCAUUUUUUUUUUUACUGGAAUACUGCUAGAGUACUCCAACUCUCAUUCUGUGAGCUAGUGACCUCUGCUGGAAUACGUGGUAGCGCUGCACGUGUGCAGACUUGUAGCUGAGCCUGGGUGUGUCAAUGGUCAAUAUUCUGCCGGCAUACUCGGGCAUUUGGGGGGGGAUAAGAGAGCUUUAAGAUGUAUGUAAUGUGCUUUUGGUGGAUGCGAUGGGUUAAGCAGGUUCUAAUCCUGCUAAAUAAGACUCCCUGCUAGUAAACAUCACUGUACUCAAUUAUGCAGCAGACUUAUAAAUUACUUUUGAGUGCAUACAGUAUCUAGCUCAAUUCUUCUCGACUGUCUUGUUUCGCUGUUACCGUUUCAAUGUAUCACUUGUUCUUCUGUUACUAUGUACUCAUGCAUUUAUCGUGCAGGACUAACUAUGUGAACAUGCAUAACACCUUUUAUUUUUCAUGUUAUUGUGUCUGUGUAUUUACCAAACUGUCUCAUAUUACUGGGAGCAGGCUGCUUUUUAUGGAUAUGUGCUCAACUCGUUGGCAUUAUAACUGUAUAAUAUAAUUUAUCAUCUGUUCUAUUGUAACAUAUUGUUCUGUACCUUAUUUCUGUGUAUUGGUUUUGUAGGAAAGUCACAUUGAAGAGUGUGAUGUUUAUUGCCAUCUAAACAGCAGCAAGUGAUAAAAGGACAUGUAGCUGCAAUGGUAAAAAUAAAUUGUAUCAAUGACUUUU